AACGGAAUUACCAUUCAUCAUAGGCAACACAUUAUACAUACACAGCACAGCGUUCGCGAAUAUGGAAUUUCGCUCAAAGAGUUAACGCACAAUUGGGUUAUGUCAUCGUGACAUUUCAAAUAAAAACUACUUAAAACUUGCUGUUUUGUGAUGUUUUGAAAGAAAGUGGUUAUCAAAUUACGUGAAACCAUGUCUGCAUUCCCGCCUUUGAAAAAUGACCGGCUGCUAAGAGCUGCCAGGGGCGAAGUUCCUGACAAACUCCCAGUUUGGGUCAUGAGACAAGCCGGCCGAUACUUGCCUGAAUUUAUGGAGUUCCGCAAGGACCAUUCGUUUUUCGAGAUAUGCCAAACACCCCAACUGGCCUGUGAAGUUACCUUGAUGCCUAUAAAACGCUAUGAUUUAGACGCUGCGAUUAUUUUUAGCGAUAUCUUGGUCAUUCCACAGGCUUUGGGCAUGGUUGUGGAGAUGAAAGCUGGGAUUGGUCCAGUGUUACCUGAGCCUCUAACUUUGGAAAACUUCCACGAAUUGAACAAAACUGGAGCUGUUGAUAGACUGAAAUACGUAGGGGAAGCUAUUACCCUGACUAGGCAUAAAUUGGACGGCAAAGUGCCGCUAUUUGGCUUCUCGGGGGCCCCAUGGACUCUGAUGGGGUACAUGAUUGAAGGCGGUGGUUCCAAAACAUUAAGCAAGGCCAAGAAGUGGCUAUACGCUUACCCAAAAAUCGCCCAUAAGCUGCUAGAACUACUGACAGAAGUAAUCAUUGAUUAUCUUGUAAUGCAAGUCGAGGCAGGCGCUCAAAUUUUGCAAAUUUUCGACAGCAACGCCGACCUCUUGAAUAAAGAACUUUACACGAAAUUUGGUCUUCCAUACUUGAAAAAAAUCAGGGAUUCUGUGCGCUUGAAACUCAACCAAAAAAAACUAGAACAAGUUCCUAUGGUUUUGUUUGCCAAAGGUGCCCACUAUUGUCUAGCGGAACAAGCUGACUUGGGCUAUGAAGUUCUGGGAGUUGACUGGACUUUGGAACCUCAAGUUGUUCGAACUUUAUUGAAGGGAAAAAAUGUGACGGUGCAGGGGAACUUAGACCCUUGUGCUCUCUACGCACCCAAGGAGGAAUUGAUCGCACUGGUGCAUAAAAUGGUGGAGGAAUUUGGGAGCCAAAGAUACAUUGUUAAUUUAGGACAUGGGAUAUAUCCAGAUGCGCCCACAGAGUCAUUGCAGACUCUUGUCGAAACAGUACAUAAUAUCACAAUUUGAUUUUUUAUUACUUUGUUAGUUGCUUUUUUAAUAAAAUUAUUUGGAAAAA